UGCAGCCUUUGCCCGCCUCGUCGCUGCCAGAGCUGUUUCUCAUCCUCCGCAGUCAGGAGCCUGUUGUGCGGACACAGCCACAGUUCAGCGAGCAGAGUCGCGAUUCACCAUAGCCAUGUCUGACGAAGUUGAAGAAACGAGGACUUCAGACGAUCAGCAGGAAAUGGAGGACAAAGUCAUCAGUCCUGAGAAAGCAGAGGAAGCCAAACUGAAAGCCAGGUAUCCAAACCUUGGAGCCAAGCCCGGAGGCUCAGACCUUCUGAGGAAAAGACUCCAGAAGGGGCCAAAGUAUUUUGACUCUGGUGACUACAACAUGGCUAAAGCAAAGAUGAAGAACAAGCAGUUGCCGUCAGCCCCAUCGGAGAAGGCUGAGAUCACAGGGGGCCACAUCCCCACACCUCAGGACCUGCCUCAAAGAAAGACUUCAAUCGUGGCGAGCAAGCUGGCCGGUUGAUGGGUUUUAUUAUCACUGUAUUUUUACCAUUCCGACCCCCCCACCCCCCACAUCAUAUCUACCUGUCGUUUCCGUUUAAAUUUGUUUUCCACCUUUGUAUGUAUUCUCUAUGAACAAGAUAUGUACCAAGCCAAAUACUUGAGAAAAAAUUUGGGAUCUGUCAGGCACUGAAUUGUCAGUGAGUUAAAUCCAUCAAUGUAGUAGGAGAAGCACUUCUCAAGCUCUUGAGACUGAAUAGUGAUUGUUUUCUGAACAUGAUAUCACAGUCGUAGAUGUGAAUGGAUGUUAAUGCUAUCUUAUUUUCACGGAACAUUUUCACUUUUAAGGAUAAUGCCUUCAUAUGAAUGCCUCUGUAACCCCCAGCUGAGUGAAGGGGGAUCUAUCCUCAUCACAAACAAAUCCUGGACGUGAUAUUUAGAGGCAUAAAUACAUCUUUGUUGUGACCACUGAGGAGAUGCUGUCAGAAUUUGCAUUGAUGUAUGUGUGAAAUAGAAGUGUAAUUUACAGGUAUGCUUUUCAUUUAGAAACUUUUGAGCAUCCACCUACUCACCUUGAGGCAUGUCUAUUGAAAUAGUGAAAACUGAGGUAAUCAUUCGUUUUUUUUCUCCCCCUAAUCCUUUAUUUUGUUUCUUUCCCUUCCUCUCCCUGUGCAGAAAUUUGAUUACGUGCUUCUGAAGUACUUAAGAUUAGAUCACACACACUUUGUAGCCAGUUGUAUUUUAAUUCAUUUUAGUGACAUUGGUUUGCCAAGACUUGCUGCUGGUCUCCAUCUCAUCUGACCUUUAAAAUGGCCUUAAAAGUAAUGAACUGUUCCUCUUGAGCAAUAUUUGCUCCCUCAGUGAAAAUCUUUGUUGUGAAUCUUGACUGAAAUGUCUGUCACUGUCUGACUGGAAUCACGUAGGAUUUUAUGGAAAGAAGCUCCCUUGACAUGUCUGGAGUGUGCAUGUGCAUUUACUGUGCAGUCACACUGUGCCAUUUGUUUUGUAAAUAAAAUAGUUUUGCAUAAUA